AUGACUGAAGAUUUGUGGCACAAAGGAAGCGCAGGAGAAGGCUGCACUUGGCUGCCACGAUAUGCAAACCACGCGGAAUUGCUCUAUGGCACGGACAGCUCUUCUGUGGUGGCUGGAGUGCCUGUACCUCGAACUACCGACGCCUGCAGUCUGACCGAGAUGAUGAAAGUCCACGUCAAUUUCCAGGCGUUGGAUGCCAUCCUGAUCCAGCUAUACGGCUCCAAGGAUUUCCUGACGGACCACCUGGGCUUCAUUGCAACGGAGGCUGCCAAUCCAGUACUGGCAGAGGCGUAUCUCGCAUUCAAACAAGGCUGGGACAGUUUCCGGGGCACAGAUGAACUCAGAAUGCAAGACCUGCAGAUUGCGUACAUCUACUCAAACCCUAAUGCCGUUGGAUCAAAGGACAACUUGGACUAUGCAGAAGGGCCCGAGAGCUACCAUACAGCCCACCGACAGUACCAUCCCACCUACAGAUCAAUCCUCUACGCUCGAAACUACUACGACAUCUUUAUAUUUGACCUGGACGGAAAUUUGAUCUACUCAGUCUACAAGGAGCUGGACUACGCCACGAAUUUCAUGGCGAACGGAACAGGUGAAUGGCGCGACUCUGGUCUGGGUGAGGCCUUUCGGGCGGCUGUCCAGAACCCAGAGCAGAUCAACAUUAUCGACUGGAAGCCCUAUGGGCUUGGCACUCAGCUCUUGACAGGCGAGCUGCUGGGCGUCUUCUGCACACAGAUGCCUCCGGAGUCUAAGCCAGUCGAAGUCUCGGAGAUGGACCGCUUGGGCUUGCUGCCCAUGGGCUUUGAAACCAAGGGUUUCGACUGUGAGGGUGCCUACAAUUCUUCGUACGGCUAUCCAGGAGCCAUCUAA